AUGGGCUUCUUCAGCACCCACGCGUCCGGGACGCAAGAUCCCCCAGAGGUGCGGAACUGGCGCAUCCACCUGAUCGCGCUCGUCGCCAGCAUGUCAGCCUUGGCUAUGGGUUAUGAUACCGCAGUCAUCGGGGGCACAAUGGCACUGGAUUCCUUCCGGCGGGAUUUCGCCCUGGACCAGGUCGCCUCUACGACUCGCGAUACGAUUCAAGGCAACAUUGUCUCGACGUUCCAGGCCGGUUGCUUUUUUGGCGCUCUCCUCACUUUCCCCAUCGCAGAGAGGUUCGGCCGCAGAAGAACAGUCAUGAUGGCCGGAGUGGUCUUCCUCAUCGGCGGCACCCUCAUGACCGCAGCAAGCGGAAACCUGAACCUGAUUUACGCCGGCCGCGCCAUCGCCGGCCUUGGAAUCGGCGCAUCCUCCCUGACGGUCCCCGUGUACAUCGCCGAGACGGCUCCGCCCUCGAUCCGCGGCCGGCUGGUCGGCAUCUUCGAGAUCGCAUCCCAGGGUGGCGGCAUGCUGGGCUUCUGGAUCAACUACGCCACGGACCGAACCAUCGACGUCAGGUCCGAGGCCCAAUGGAUCGUGCCCCUGGGCCUGCAGCUCGCGCCCGGCCUGGGCCUCGCGUUGGGGAUGAUCUGGUGCCCCGAGUCUCCGCGUUGGCUCGCGCGCGGCGAUCAUUUCGACGAGGCCGAGAGGAUCCUGGUCCAGAUCCGUGGUCUCCCUGCCGACCACGAGUACAUCCGCCGCGAGAUGAACGACAUCCGCACCCAGGUCGAGGAGCGCACCUCGAACCAGAUGACCCGGAAGCAAAUGUUCCAGAAGCUCUUCCAGAAGGGCAUCCGCAACCGCAUGGGUCUCGGAAUGGCACUCAUGUUCCUCCAAAGUUUCACUGGCGUCAACAUCAUUACCUACUAUGCCCCUAGAAUCUUUGAGAGUCUUGGCAUUUCUGGCACGUCCACAAAGCUCUUCUCCACCGGAUUCUACGGCAUCGCCAAGACCUUUGGCAUGUUCCUCUUCACCUUCUGGGUUGCCGAGAGAGUUGGCCGAAGGAAGGGUCUUCUCUGGGGUUCCGCGCUCGGCUGCAUUCCAAUGUGGUACAUCGGGGGCUACGUAAUGAAGGCUGACCCGGCUGGAGCUGCUGCUGCUGGAAUCGUUAACCGAGAUGGCUGGGGAUACCUUGCUAUGGCCUGCGUGUACAUCAACGGAGUCAUCAUUUGCGCCACGUGGCAGGGAAUCACGUGGCUCUACGCGUCCGAAGUGCAAACUCUGGAGAUCAGAAUGCUGGCAGUAUCCAUCACGACCGCCACCACCUGGCUGGGUAGUUUCAUCAUCGCCCGAUCUACUCCGUACAUGAUCUCAGACCUUGGCUACGGGGCAUACUUCUUCUUCAGCAGUAUCCUCAUGCUCAUGGGCAUCUGGGCCUUCUUCUACGUCCCCGAGACCAAGGGCUUGACCCUCGAGGACAUGGACACUCUCUUUAUGAACCCUACCCACAAGACCGUGUGGGCUCAAAUGAGAGGCAGGCCCAUCGUGGCACCCGGUCGCGCUAGGUCGCCUUCCAUCACGGACGAGAAGUUCGAGGCCAACAUCGAGGCCGCCCAGGUCGAGCGGUCCAGGUCAUGA